GUUCCACGCAGUUCAAUCUAACCUGUGUUUCCAUCGUAACGUUGACAGAAAAUAAGUGCAGCAGCUUCGUGACAUGAUAAAAUUGUGCGUGCAAAAUUAAUUAUGGAUAAAGCAAAAGUAUUGAAUAAAAAGACACCUGGCUCGCCACCAGUAAUGCCUCAACCAUCGGCAACGGUCGAAGAAGCAAACUAUUUACCCAUUCUUAUAGCAGUUUUUGUUAUAUUUAUCACUCUAGUACUGUUUAUAAUCUACAAACGUAAGAAGUCGUCAAGGCGUGGAAUACUCAUCACUGGCUUGUGUGACAGUGGUAAAACCCUGUUAUACACAAGACUGGUUCAUGAUAGGUUUGUUUUAACACAAACAUCCAUCAAAGAAAAUAUUGAUGAAUAUGCCAUUAAUGCGAAAUCAGUAAAGAUUGUGGAUAUUCCUGGUCAUGAGAGACUGAGAGGACAAUUUUUGGACCUGCAUAAAUCAACAACCAGAGGACUGAUUUAUGUUAUAGACUCCCAGAAUGUACAGAAAGACAUCAAGGAUGUGGCAGAAUUUUUCUACAACAUUCUUACUGACCCUGUCAUUUAUUCAAACAGUCCUGCAAUUUUAAUUUUGUGCAAUAAACAGGAUCAACCUUUGGUGAAGAACUCAAAAGCAAUUAAAACAUUGCUUGAGAAGGAAUUGAAUACUUUAAAACUGACAAAGUCCAGCCAGUUGGAAUCACUUGAUGCAAAUGCCAAGAGUGCAAAUGUUUUACUUGGAGAGGAAGAUGAAGCAUUUACUUUUGCUGCCAUGUCACAAUAUAAAAUUGAUUUUGCUGAUGCAUAUGCUACUAAUGAUGAUAAAGAGUGCAAUAUUGUAGAUGUUGAGAAGUGGUUGGCACAAAUUGUAUAAAUAUGCCAGCAUCUACUUAAUUUAUUGUUGCAUGUUUACAUGUUUAUUGAAUGUAUUAAAUUGAUGUUAUAGGUAUAAUCAUUAUUACCUUUGUUUCUAUAAAUUUGAUGCUAUUGUGUAACAA